UAGUCCUACAGAAGGAUACUCGCACGCAACGCCACUGACAGAGAAAGUCUUUUGUUGCGGUGUAAUUUACAUGACAAAAGCGAACGUUUCCAUUCAACCUCUCCUUUGCGAAACUCAAUGACGUAACUGAGGGAUCGCAGUAUCCUCCCCUGACGAUACUUGAAUGCGGCUCAUAGAUUGGACUUGAGCAUUGAGUGAGCACUCGAUUUGGGCUGGUGAUAAUCGAUUGGCCCGUGUCCAAUCGCUGCAAUUAGGACAAGAGGUGAACCAUAACAAUGUAUGGAACUGAGCGUGUGUCCUUGCCUUGCCAACCCCAGCGCGUUGGUAUGAUCAACACUUUCGUCAUAUAAUCAACUCCAGAUCAUGUGGCCGCUUGUUCUUGAUGCGAGUUGGAAAGGUUAACGCUGCUCGUUUUUCUUUAAUUUUUUUCUGCACCUACGAUUGCGUGUGGUGGAAAAAAAAUGGGUUUUUUCCCAAGUGAUUAGCGACAGGGAUUCGUUCGAAGCGGUAUUCGCGCAAAGUAUGACUUGUAAAAGAGUGUCUUAUGAUUAUGUCCUUGCCCCGCUACCGAAAGCACCUACACACAGUAAAAACUAUAUGUGUAAAUGUGGUAGGAGGAGAUUGAGUAGCAAUUUUGCAACGGAACUUUUUUUAUAUUAAUGUCCAAGUUAUCUACGUCGGCAAGUUCACAUUUUCACUGCAGAAAUCCUAUUUUGCAGGAAUUGCUCAUUGGUCAUGUUGGGAAGCGUUGAAUCUCAAGCCCUUAUCGAUACUUUCAAAGAAAAUUUCGUGGGCAGAACUUAUGCGGCCCUGAAGAAUGGGCCGGGUAAUAGUUUUCACCAAGAAGAGCUUCACCGCAUUUUUCAAUCAGAUUUGGCUCAGGGCAAGACACUGCUGGAAGUAGGCGUCGGACCGUUGGUCUGGUAUUCUUUCAUGUCCUCUAAUCGAUACAAGGACAUCGUGCUCAGUGACUUGGUCGAAGACAACAGGAAGGAGCUGGAGAAGUGGCUGAGCAAAAGCGAAGAUGCCAUCGAUUGGACAUACCGUGCCGAGCAAGUCGCUGCCUUGGAAGGCUAUAGCGACGUCAAGAAGGGGGCGUCGGACAUAAUGGAGCGCACGCGUUCCUCCAUCCGGAAGGUGGUUCCCUGCAAUGUCCUGGAACCUGGAGUGCUCCCCGAAGAACACAGAGAAACCUUCGACGUCGUUCUUUCCUGCAACUGCCUGGAAGGUGCCACGGCGGACCACGAAUCCUUCCGAAGUGUUGUCAAGAACGUUGGAUCACUCGUCAAACCCGGCGGCUUGUUCCUUCUCGGCGGUUUGGGUGGUCUGAAGAGUUACUUUAUGGGAAACGCCAACUUUAUAAUGGCGAACGUCACCGAAGAUGUGAUUAAAGAAGCAGUGACCGAUGCCGGCUUUCAAUUAAAACUAUACCGUACCAAAAACACCGAGAUUGCUGGGAACGCUGGCGCAUUCGCGUUUAUUCUGGCAGCCCGCAAACCUUAAGUCGGGUUAGGCCGCCAUGCGUUGCUCUGUCCGGCGUGGUUCCAUUGACAGUUGCUACACACCCCUCCGUACCACAACGUUCGACAAAACAGAAAUAAAUGUUUAAUGAUGCCUGAAA